CACUGCUCUCAGCCACUCACUCACUGUCAGUUCUAUUCAGUAACAAGUAGAAAGCAGUAAAACUCUGCAGGCAGAUCCACUGAGCUCUGUAAUCCCAUUUCCCUUUAUUCUGGUGCCCACAUGCGGCUGCUCCUGCACUGCCAGCUCUCCUGAUCUGCAUCUGCCCACCAGCAAUAUGGCCGCCUCUCUGGGGCAGGGACAACUCUGAGAGGGAAGCCAUUGUUUGAUUGGUCUGAAACCGAACCAGCUCAUUGGCUAAAGGGCGGAGCUGCCUUCCCAGGGGGAGGGGCGAGAGAUCUUUGUGCUUCUGUGUUUACCCAGACCGGAUAGAGGGAAAGGCUGAACCCUUCCUGUAACUGCCUUAUUCUGUGUCCCUGGGCUGCUGGGGGGGUACAUGAAGGCGGAACCCAAUUUAGACUCUGCUGAACUGCCCAAACCAGAGACUGACUCGGAGUCCGGCACAAGAGAUGGCGAUUGCUUAACAAGCUCUGAUGGAUCAGGUUUUAUCUGCUAUAAGUGUGGGGAAACCUUCACUGUGAAUAGCCAUCUUCUCGCCCACCUCUGUGGGACACACGGGAGAACUCACAAAGGGAUAGAAGCUUCUACAUGCACGGAAUGUGGGAAACGUUUCACUGAUAAGAGCACCCUUCAGCGGCACAAGAGAAUUCACACAGGGGAGAAACCAUUCACCUGCACGGAAUGCGGGAAAAGCUUUUCUCAGAAAACCAAUCUUGUGAUGCACGAAAUGAUUCACAAACACAAGCCCUAUUCUUGCAGCGACUGUGAGAAAAGGUUUUCUAACCCGGAGAAGCUUCAGGUGCACCAGGCAGUUCACGUGGGGGAGAACUCUUUUAAAUGUAAAGUAUGUGGGAAAUGUUUUUCUCGCAAAGACAAUCUUAAAACCCACGAGAGGAUUCACACAGGGGAGAAACCAUUCACCUGCACAGAAUGUGGGAAAAGCUUCUCUUUCAUCACUAGUUUUAUCCGACACAUGAGAAUUCACACAGGGGAGAAACCAUAUUCAUGUGCAGACUGCGGGAAACAAUUCUCUCAAAAAAGCUACAUUCAGAUUCAUCAGAAAAUUCACACCAGAGAGAAAACGUGCCCCUCUGCAGAAUCCAGGGGAAAUGUUUCGGUAAAGGCCAGUGUUCAACGGAAUCACACCGGGGAGAAACCUUUCACCUGUUCGGAAUGUGGGAAACGUUUCUCUUUAAGCAGUUACCUCCAUAGACAUCAGAGACUUCACACGGGGGAGGGUCUGUUUACUUGUACGGAAUGUGGGAAAGCAUUCUAUGGAAAAUGGCAACUGCGAAAUCACCAGAAUAUUCACACCGGGGAGAAACCAUUCACCUGCACAGAAUGUGGGAAAACCUUUACUAGAAAAGGCACCCUUCGCAUGCACCAGAAGAUUCACACGGGGGAGAAUCUUUUCACCUGUACAGAAUGCGGGAAACAAUUUACUGAAAAGGGAAAGCUUCAUACGCACCAAAGGAUUCACACAGGGGAGAAACCAUUCACCUGUACAGAAUGUGGCAAAAGCUUUGCCGAAAAAGGCACUCUUCGCAUACACGAAAGGAUUCACACCGGGGAGAAACCAUUCACCUGUACAGAAUGUGGGAGAAGCUUCGCUGAAAAGGGCUCCCUGCGCAAACACAAAAGAACUCACACUGGGGAGAAACCCUUCACCUGUAGAGAAUGACCGGAAAGGUUUUAUUUGGAAACUACCCUUUACAAACACACAAUAAUGCAAAUCUCUGCUAGUAGGUCUUAUAUAAUACUAAACAUUACUUACAUUCUUGGCUAGAAAAUGGUUUCGGCUUAUUAUGUUACUGGAUGGACAUUCCAUUUGGCCAGUGAAGGCUCACCCUUGCUGAUUGAUACCUAAUCAUUAUCAGAAUUAUGAACUUAUUUAUUAGUGAAAAUUAGAAAUGGCUUAAGGGUCAGUGAAGUAUUUUUCAUAGAAUAAAUAAACUUAAGGGAUUCAUUCAUGAUA